CGAUCUCUCUACUUACCAAGUCCCUGGCGUGGUUCUACUACUAUUAUUACUGGUUAGCUCCCAAUCCUCACUACGGCCAUACCUGCUAUUUACCCUGCCUCGCCUCGCCUUCUUGCCUUCCACCGCCAUUCGCAUAUCCUUUCAUCAUCCCGCCCUCCAUCUUACAGCCGCUUCUUUCCUCUUCUCAGCCUUCAAUACAUCCUAAUUGCAUCUUUGAUUCGAUCCUCUCUUCUCUCACUCUCACCAACGCCUCCUUCUCUCCCCCUAGACUCAUCAGGGAGACUACCAAUCCAAUCCCUUCCUAAGAUUGCCUGGCACUUCACCGUCAUUGUUUUGCCACCGUUUGAUUAGCUGUCCCGGCAGAUUCCUCAACUGCCACAUAUUUGCGAUCCCAUCCUAGAUUCUCUACAGGAAAGCACUAUAGCUCAUCAUGUCGACCUUUUACUACGGCGGACAUCAUCAUCAACAACACCAAGUACAAAAUCCUCAUCCUAUGUCACAAUCACACAACCAUCAUGGUCGCUCUCGAAGAGGCCCCCGCAUGUCCGCAGCUCAACAGGGCUCCCAUCGACACUUUCGUGCGCCCAAGGCCCAGAAAGAGCUCGUAGCUGAAGCUCCGAGCUUGUCGGCUUAUCGGGCACGAUUCGAGGCCGGCCGGUCGUUCGACCUCGAUGAUGACCUCGAGUUCUGUCCCAAUCUCUUGACUCUUGACGAGGUUUGUGAUGGCACAUUCGAUUCUUUGUCCAUGACUGACAUGGCCAAGCGACAAUCUGUGACAUCUGGGUCUGACCGAUCCUCGCUGUCAAGCGGCUCCCCUGACUCUUCUCCUCUACAAUCCCAAAUACAACCUCACCAGAUCACACCAUCCUUGUCCGUUUCCUCAACUGCCGCAUCCUCUUACAUGUUGCCCCCGGGCUACAGCACAAACUCCCUCAAGAUCCACCAACCUUCGGCGAUCCGGACCUCCCGCACGAGUGCCAUCCCCAUCGUCAACCCCUCUACCGGUAUCCGCAUUGCCAGCCCACCAUCAUCAAUCUCUCCAGGUUUGAUGCAGCAGACCACAGCGGCCCGCCGUUGGUAAGCUGCGAUAGCUCCUGCUCGGGCUUUCCGUGCUCUAGCUCCCAGCGAAGCGUUGCUUGUGUCUUGAUUGCUCUUCCUUGGCUGAUAUUGUGAUGUGGUGCUUUGUCUUUUGCUCCCGGUGUACAGCACUUCCUUCUCCUCUCACGUUCUCACUCUGUAUAUAUCAGACUCUACGAUAUCUAACCUCUUUAUUGUUCAUCGAGCGAAAAGGCAUAGCGAUUUGACGAAUUUUACAUCACGAUACCAGCCACAUAUGAAAGAUAAGGAUAGGAUUGGAGUAUCAAGGCACACCAUGUUUCCAAAACGCUUAUCCAGAUUUUUAGCAAGGAGUUUUGAGCACACAGGCAAGAGACGAUGUUAGAAGGCGUUGUUAUUGUUGCAACGUCGUUCUACCUUUGAUAUCAGCACUGGGUGUUUUUGUUUGUUUUGCACAUUUGAAACGGUCAUGGUCACGUUGGGGGAGACGAGACAUACAGAUACCAGAUGGAUUUGUCAGGGUUCUGGUGGGGUUCUUGGUGGUAUCCAGGACGAAGUUUAUGCACAUCUCAUGACGGCUGGCUCUAAAAUGAAUCCAAAGUUUAUGGGAGGUUGAAGAUGGUUUGAUCCAGCGUUUGACGAUGGUCGAUGAUACCAUCCGCUCAUGAGGUGUAUUUCUAGCCAUAGAAGCAGAAAACGAUUGGUUCUUUAUAUGUUUUUA